CAUUAUUGAUAUGGACAGUCCAAUUAAGGUAAGUUAACUAAAAUCAAGUACAGAAUAAAAGGAAAUAUUUGAUAAAUUGUUCAAGAUAUCUAUUUAACCUGUUUAAAAAUGUUAGUAUAAACACUAAUCAAAAUCAGAUUUAAUAAAUGAAUUGCGCCAAGAGAAUGAUGAGUUAAAAAAUACGAUUAAAGAAUUAAAGGAUAGAAUUUAGGAACUAGAAUAAGAAUUAUAAGGAAAAAAAAAUCUUUAAAUAGAAGAAGAAAAUCAAGAAAUACUUUCAUUUGAAAAACCAUAAUAAGAAUUUUAAGAAGAAAUGAAUGAAGAAGAGAAAUCUCUUCAUUUUGCUUUAAUGUUAUAAUAAUAAGAAGAAAUGGAAUUUGAAAAUCGAUUAAUUUAGUAAAAUAUGGAUAAAUAAUUAAUAGAAUGUAAAAUAAUGUUGAUUUGGAUGAAAUGAGUUAUGAGUAAUUAUAAGAACUUUAAGAGAAAAUGGGUUUUGUAAGUAGAGGUUUGGUUGAACAUUAAAUAUAAAUAUUAUUAAAGUAAUGCAGAAUUGAAAAGUUAACUAAUGAUUGGUAUAAAAAUAAUGUAAUUAUAUAGUUGCACAAUCUGUUUAGAAGAUAGUGGAAAUUCUGUUGAAAUAUAAUUAGAAUGUGGACAUGUAUUUCAUAAGGAAUGUAUUUCAGAAUGGUUAUCAAGAGAGAAACAUUGCCCUGUAUGUAAAAGAGACAUUAAAUUGGGAAUGUUAAAGUGA